UAAAAACUCGAAAGUGCCACCACCACCCCGCCUCCAGACUCGCAGCUCGCUCGAUGACUCUGUAUCCAUUCCAGUGAGCUUUGGCUCUCUGCAGUCGUCCAUACCCUAUAUUUGAGCUGACCUCCCCCCCCCGUUGUCAUUGCUCCCUCUUCUGUGUCAUCGCAAUCACCACAGACGAUGGCGCACCUCACCCUCGCAGGUGACUCCUGCUUCACGGCCUCCGAGGCCCAGAAGCUCAAAGAUCAGAUCAACAAGAUAGCGCCCAUCAAGGUGUCCAAGCUCGCCGGCUCCUGGAUCUACUACGCCCAUAUCAACGGCGACGCCAAUGCCGCGAAGCAAACCCUCUCCCAGUUUCUCCCGCUCUCCGGCUCAUCCACUCCUCCUCUCACUCAUAUCGGUUACGGCCGCCAAUGGUUCGUGACACCGCGAUAUCUCUCGCCAUGGAGCUCCAAGGCCACCAUGAUUGCCCAUGUUUGCGGCUUCGAGAACCAGAUUCAGCGGAUAGAGCGCGGACGCAUCAUCACCAUCGAGUUUGAUCAGCCUUAUAACGACAAGACUGUUCCAUUCAAGGAUGUUCUGCAUGAUCGCAUGACCGAGCACCUCACGACAGAAGAGCCGGAUCUCAAUACCAUGUUUGCCGAAAGCGAGCCCGCUCCUUUGGAGGUCGUUGACAUAUUUGCCGAAGGCCGGGACCCGGUCCAGGUGCUCAAUGAGUACAACAAGGCUCGCGGCCUGGCCCUGGAUCAGUCUGAGGUGGAGUACUUGGUGGAGCAGUUCACCAAGCUGGGCCGCCCUCCCCAUGAUAUCGAGCUCUUCAUGUUUGCUCAGGUCAACUCGGAGCACUGCCGUCACAAGCAGUUCAACGCCAACUGGACUAUCGAUGGCAUCACCAAGGACCACAGCUUGUUUGGCAUGAUCAGGAAUACCCACAAGGCCACCCCUGAUUUCACCGUUUCGGCUUACAGCGACAAUGCGGCUGUCAUUCAGGGUGAAAACGCCAACCUGUGGGCCCCAGACUACUCUACUGGCUCCUGGAAGUUGAACAAGGAGCUUAUUCACGUUCUCGCCAAGGUUGAGACACACAACCACCCGACCGCCAUUGCCCCUUUCCCCGGAGCUGCUACUGGCUCUGGUGGUGAGAUUCGCGAUGAGGGUGCCGUUGGCAGGGGCUCCAUGCCCAAGGCUGGUCUCUGCGGUUUCUGGGUCUCUGAUUUGCAUAUCCCCGAGCACAAGGCGCCCUGGGAAAUCGAUGUCGGUCGCCCUGCUCACUACGCCAGCAGUCUUGACAUCAUGUUGGAGGCCCCCAUUGGAAGUGCCCGGUUCAACAACGAAUUCGGUCGCCCAUGCUUGACCGGUACUUUCAGAACUCUCCUUACUGCCGAUGACACCAAGGCCGAGGGCGAGUUCCGUGGCUACCACAAGCCUAUCAUGAUUGCUGGUGGCGUCGGUACUGUAAGAGAGAAGCACGCCCUCAAGGAUCCCAAGGAUGUUCAGGAGGGCGCUCAUGUUAUCGUCCUCGGUGGACCUGCCAUGUUGAUUGGUCUGGGUGGUGGUGCUGCGUCCAGUAACGCUUCCGGAGAGGGUAACGCCGACCUUGAUUUUGACAGUGUGCAGCGUGGCAACCCUGAAAUGGAACGCCGUGCGCAGAUGGUCAUCAACACUUGCGUCGCUCUCGGAGACCACAAUCCCAUUGCCAUGAUUCACGACGUUGGUGCUGGUGGUCUUUCGAAUGCUCUACCUGAGCUCGUCAAGGAUGCUGGCUUUGGUGGAAGAUUCGAGCUUCGCCAGGUCGAGUGCGUCGAUCGCGGCAUGAGCCCUCUCCAGAUUUGGUGCAACGAAGCCCAGGAGCGCUAUGUCAUCCUGGUGAACAGCGAUGGCAUGGAGCGCUUCACUGCUAUCUGCAGACGUGAACGCUGCGGUUUCUCUGAUGUCGGAACUGUCUUGUCCAAGGAAGAGGACGGUGUCUCUAGACUGGUUCUCAGCGACAAGGAGUCGAAGGAGUACCCCCGCCCUAUUGAUGUUCCUAUGGACGUUCUUUUCCCCAAGGGCCGCAAGCUCGAGCGCAUUGUCAGCUCCAAGAAGCCUACCUGGCCCUUUUUCGAGCCCGUCGCCAGCCUCAAGGCUGCUCUUGGUGAUGCUGCCAGCGACGCCGAUCUUUUCAAGCAAGCUGUCCAGAGAGUAUUCUGGCUGCCUUCCGUUGGCUCCAAGUCAUUCCUCAUCACCAUCGCCGAUCGCACCGUCGGUGGUCUUACCAUUCGCGACCAAAUGGUUGGCCCAUGGCAGACACCAGUUGCUGAUGUCGCCGUCACGGCUACUUCGUUCAGCUUGAACGGUAUGAAGACUGGUGAGGCGAUGGCCAUGGGUGAGAAGCCAACACUGGCUUUGAUCUCUCCUGCUGCCUCCGCCAGAAUGGCUGUUGCCGAGAGUUUGUUGAACCUCGGUGCUGCCGAUAUCAAGGGUGGCUCCUACAGAGGCGAUCUCAAGCGUGUGAAGCUUUCCGCCAACUGGAUGGCCGCUGUCAACCACCCCGGCGAGGGUGCUGCUCUCUACGAGGCUGUCGAGGCCAUCGGUAUGGAGCUCUGCCCUAAGCUCGGCGUCAGCAUUCCUGUUGGCAAGGACUCCACCUCGAUGAAGGCCAGCUGGAAGGACGGGGAGACUAAAAAGAGUGUUACCGCUCCCGUGUCGGUCGUCAUUUCUGCCUUUACCCUGGUUGAGGAUGUUCGCCGUACCUGGACUCCCCAGCUUCGCCGCGUUGAGGAUGUCGGCGAGACUGUGCUCCUCUAUGUCGAUUUGGCCCAAGGCCACAAGGCUCUUGGCGGCUCUGCUCUUGCCCAGGCUUUUGGUGCUAUCGGCCACGAAGCCCCAGAUGUUCGUGAUGUGGAUCUCCUCAAGGAUUACUUUGACGCCCUUGCCCAGCUUCACGAGAGCGCCAUCGUUCUUGCCUACCACGAUGUCUCUGAUGGUGGCCUUGUCACCACCAUCGCUGAGAUGAUGUUCGCUGGUCGCUGCGGCGUUGAUGUCAUGAUGGAUGGUGUUGCCAAGUCUGGCAGUCUUGCUGACAUGACCGAGGCUCUGUUCCACGAAGAGUUGGGUGCCGUCUUCCAGGUUCGCGCUUCAGACGAGACCAACUUUAAGAGAUGCUUCGCCACUUGUGGCCCUCCUGCGGGGCUCAUCAAGAAGAUUGGUGUUGUCCAGGACUCGUCUAAGCAGAACCUCAACAUCCGUUACGGAGAGGGUGCUCCCUUCGCCAGCCUUGACAGAGCCGAAAUGCAGCAAUGGUGGUCCAAGGUCUCUUACGAGAUGCAGAAGCUCAGAGACGACCCCUCCUGCGCCGAGUCUGAGUAUGCCAUCAUUGCUGACUCUGCCGACCCCGGUCUUUCUUACAACCUGACCUUCUCGCCUGCCGAGAACAUUGUUCCUCUGACCGCCUCGAUUACUGGCUUCUUCGGCAAGAGCCCUCGCGUUGCCAUCCUUCGCGAGCAAGGUGUCAACGGCUACGCCGAAAUGGCUUUCGCUUUCCGCGCUGCUGGCUUCGACGCUGUCGAUAUCCACAUGACCGACAUCAUCAACGGCCGCUCCCUGGCCGACUUCGUCGGUCUCGCUGCCUGUGGUGGCUUCUCCUUUGGUGACGUUCUCGGCGCCGGCCAGGGUUGGGCCAAGUCCAUCCUCCUCCACGAAAAGUCCCGCAAGGAGCUUGCCGAGUUCUUCCAGCGCAAGGAUACCUUCGCUCUCGGAGUCUGCAACGGUUGCCAGAUGCUUUCCCGCUUAAAGGAGCUCAUCCCCGGCGCCGAGGACUUCCCCGCCUUUGUCCAGAACAACUCUACCCAGUUCGAGGCCCGCUACAGCAUGGUCAAGAUCGAGGACAACCCGUCCAACCCCUCUGUCUUCUUCAACGGCAUGAACGGCUCCUCUCUGCCCAUCGUUGUUUCUCACGGCGAGGGCCGCGCCGAGUUCCAGAGCCAGCAGCAGUUCCAGAGCUUGACUGAGUCGGGUGGCAUUCCCAUCAGAUACGUCGACAAUAGACUCGAGGUCACCGAGACAUACCCCUACAACCCCAACGGCAGCCCUGGUGGUAUCGCCGGUGUUGCUAGCAGGGAUGGAAGGGUGUUGGCUAUGAUGCCUCACCCCGAGAGAACUAUCAUGGCGGAUGUGACGAGCUACGCGCCCAGGGAGGAUGUUGAGCAGUGGGGCGAGUUUGGUCCAUGGUUGAGGAUGUUUAGGAGUGCUAGACGCUGGGUUGGGUAGAUAGCCUUACCUGAGGCCGGCUUGAUUGAAAUGAAAUAAACGAACAAAAAUAGACAUUGAGGUGUUUUGCUGGCGGAGGCGUUUAUGGGGAUAUAUGGUGUAGGGGGUUUGUGUCAUAAAAAGAAAAUGGGAGGCAUACAUUUGCUGGGUGGGUUUGAUUUUGUUUUCUUUUUAUAUGAGGAGGGAAGUAAAAAGGUAUUGGAAUGAAGGUAACUAGAUGAAAAUCAAAGAGAUGGAAUAGGGAUUUUGUGUAAAUAGGCACUAAAUAGUUAUCACGGUGUGAGAUGCAUUACUGUUUCUUUUUUGA